AUGCCUAUCGACACCGAAACUCUGAUUCGCUCGCAAACCGAGCUGCACGGCCGCAUUUCGCGUGCUUACGAGAACUUGAAAAAGGCGGGAACUACCAAGGUCACCCUGGGAGUGGCUGAGGCUCGUCUCCAAGGACUGGAGUCAAACUGGGCUAAAUUCGAAGCCCAGCAUGAGUCGAUAUUCGACACGCCCUGGGAAAGAAUUAAGGAGCUUGACUACGUCAAGCAAAGCGUGUUCGCUCUCGCCGAGGAAGCGUAUCUACAUCAGAAGGGCAUCUUCCUGGACCUCGUACGGUCCUUGAAGGCGAAGGAAGACGCCGCAUCCUCGACGGCCGGUCAAGAGACGGCGACGGUGACGUCUCGCACCGCGCUGCCUCGCAUUCAGCUGCCUGAGUUCACCGGGAAGUACGAGGACUGGCCAGCGUUCCGGGACCUGUUCCUGUCCAUCGUCGGCAAGGACACGGCGGCGACGCAGGUAGAAAAGCUACAUUAUUUAAAGAGCUGCCUAAAAGGUGAGGCUGAAUUGCUUAUUCGGAACGUGACUACGACCGGUGAGAAUUACGAACGCGCGUGGAACCUGCUUAGUUCGUAUUACGAGAAUAAACGCUUGCUAGUGCGCGCAUAUCUCGCGAAUUUCGUCUCCCUACCGAAAAUGAAGAGCGAGUCCGCGGUCGAAUUGCGAAAGAUAUUCCACGGCGUGAAGGCAACCGUCAGUUCGCUGGACGGGAUCGGCCGACCCGUGAGUCGCUCCGAGGAUUUGUUCGUGUACCUCGCUGUCGAACUCCUCGAUCCGCGUUCGCGUCGCGAGUGGGAGACCUUAAUUAGUGAGACCAACGAGCCGCCGACGUAUUUCGAACUGGAACAAUUUCUCGACCGCCGCUUGCACGCGUUGGAAUCGAUGCUACCCGUUAGAGUGGACAGUGCCGCGAAUAAGUCGGGAAACGGAACGGCGAAAUCGGCUCGGAGUCAUCUCGCGAGUAAACAGGGGGGUAAAUCCGAGGGCAAGCGUGGCCGCUGCCCGCUCUGUACUAAGGAGCACAUUUUAAUGUUCUGCGACGAAUAUAAAAAGAAGACGGCUCAAGAGCGACGGCAGUUCGUCGAAGAAAAGAGCCUAUGUUUCAAUUGUCUCGGUCGACACAAGGUGAGCGAGUGCGUCGUGAAGAAAAACUGCUCGGCGUGCGAUGCCCGUCACCAUUCUUCGAUCCACGACGCGUGCCGCGAAACCGAGAUCGCGAAGACGUCGCAUGUGGUACGCGGAGCUCCUGUUAAGCCGGUGGCCGUGCUCCUCGCCACCGCUCGCGUUCGCGUCGCCGAUCAUUUCGGCGCCUGGCAUUCCGCGCGCGCUUUAGUUGACCAGGGAUCAGAGAUUUCGAUGAUUUCCGAAAGACUCGCGCAGCAAUUGAAACUUCCGCGAUUGCCCGUGUCGAUUUCGGUUUUCGGGAUCGGCGGACAAAAGACUUGCACGGCGCGAGGCCGUGUCUCGCUGUCAAUGUCGCCGCGGUCGGGUGGAGCAGCAAUGGCGAUUUCGGCCAUUAUUCUCCCUCGUCUCUCUGCUUACGCGAGUGGAACCUCAGCCGUCGCGAUGUCCUGGGCGCACAUUCGUGGCCUGAGUCUAGCAGAUCCGGACUACUCCGCGUCCGAUGCUAUAGACGUGCUACUCGGAGCCGACGUCUACGCCGCCAUCCUCCGACAAGGGCUCCGUCGGGGUGGCAAUGGCGAGCCAGUCGCCCAGAAUACGACGCUGGGCUGGAUAAUCUCGGGCUCCGUCGGGGAAUUGAGCUCUGGCCAUUCGGCACAGGCCUUCCAAUGCCGGGUCGAAGAGGAUCUAGCGGACAUGGUUCGCCGUUUCUGGGAGCAGGACGAAAUUCCGUCUACGUCUAGCGUGAUUCUCAGCCAAGAAGAUCGGGAGUGCGCGGAGCAUUUCGCUCGCACGCAUAGACGCAAUGCCUCCGGUCGGUACGUCGUGCGUCUUCCCGUAAAAAGUCCGUUGCCGGAUGUCUCGGACACGCGUCGCGUAGCAGUGCGGGUGUUAAAGCACAUGGAAGGAAGAUUCGCGCGGGACGCCUCCUUCCAUGCGUUAUACCGCGAUUUCAUGCGUCAGUAUACCGAGCUGGGGCACAUGACGCCGAUUCCUCCGAACGCGAACGGGAACGACAAACCGCGUUGCUACCUUCCGCACCACGGCGUGAUGCGAGAAUCGAGCACCACAACGAAAUUGAGGGUCGUCUUCAACGGGUCGACCACCGUUCCCUCCGGAGAGUCCCUCAACCAGCAUUUAAUGGUCGGUCCUAAUCUGUUGCCGCCGCUAAUAAUUCUUAUCAUAAAGUGGCGUCGACAUCGGUUUGUCUUCGCUACCGACAUUGAGAAAAUGUACCGACAGAUCGUGGUGGAUCCGGAAGACAGGGACAUGCAGAUCAUCGUGUGGCGGAACGAUCCUAGCGAGGAGAUCCAGGAUCACUGGCUAAAUACGAUCACCUACGGCCUGACGUGCUCUCCCUACUUAGCCAUUCAAUCGCUGCGUCAGCUAGCCGCCGACGAGCGAGAGAAGUGGCCGCUCGGCGCGGCCGUCUUGGAGGACGAGACGUACAUGGACGACGUCUUGUCGGGGGCGGCUACUAUUCCGGCAGCCAAGGCCAUCCAACGACAACUCGUGCAGAUCUGUACGGCGGGCGGCUUCCCGCUCAAAAAAUGGUCUGCAAACGAGGACGCGCUGCUCGAGGAUCUACCCGUGGAAGACCGACUACAGCAGGAACCCCGGGGCUGGCAACCCGGCGAGAGCCACCUCACCCUGGGCCUGCGCUGGCAUCCUCGGGACGACUGCUUCGCCUUUGCUAUUCGGCUACCUCGAGUCGAGACGUUCUCGAGGCGAGCGGCGCUCUCGCUUACGGCGCGGCUGUUUGACCCGCUGGGACGCCGGAUUGAAAUCCACGGCUUUUCGGACGCCUCGGAACGAGCUUACGCCGCCGUUAUUUACGUGCGGACCGAAGACGAGAGCGGGAGGGUCGAAGUCAGAAUGGUGGCCGCCAAAACCAAAGUCGCUCCCUUGAAGCAGGUGACGCUACCGAGGCUCGAGUUAAGCGCUGCCAAGCUCCUAGUUCAGCUGGCAGCUCCCGUUCAGCUCACUCUCGAGGCGAGGGAAGCACCGCUUUAUUGCUGGACCGAUGCCAAGGUGGUGUUGGGCUGGAUUCGCGGCCAUCCCGCCAAUUGGAAGACGUACGUGGCUAACCGA